CUCACGCACACUCACCUACACUGUACACGUACCAUAUAAGUAUAUAUGGUACAAUCUUCAAACGUGUCAACACUUGAUUGGUUUUAAACCCUCCAACUGAUAAUUUGAGUCAAUAAUUUCUUCACCUUUGGAACUAUUGCACCUCUCCAGAGUUCAGCCAUGGACACUGCAUUAGCUACAACGGUUAACGUCCUUGCAACUCCCGCCACUCAUAGACUAACCAACCCACCAAACUCAGCCCCAGCAUGGCUUGUCACCGGAUCAAACAUGCUCGAUCUUUAUGCCACCAACAGCUUUCUUAAACCCCAAACACCCCCAAACCCUAUCCCUAGAAAGAAAAACACUGCACUCUUCCUCACCCACUGCUCCACAAGACCUAACACCGACGACAGAGACAGUGCGACGGACGAGGAUUCGACCGUUGAGCCCAAUUCAAAUCCGAAUUUCGAGAAAUCAGCAACACCCAUUUCGAAUUAUGCACUUUCUUCUUCGAAUUCAUUGUUUUCUAGGGGUCUGGUGUUUGAUUUGGGCCCCGAGAACGCUUGGGAUUGUACCGAAAUCGGGUCUCCAGUUGUGAAAAGGUACCUCAGUGAUGAGGAGGAGAGGUGGUACCUGUGGUACCAUGGAAGGGGUAAUGGGAAUUCGGGUUCGGAUUCGAUCGGUUUGGCGGUUUCGAGCAAUGGAAUUCAUUGGGAGAGAGGCAGAGGACACAUUGGAUCGAGUGGGGAUGUGGGUUUGGUGUUGAAUUGUAGUAAGGAUUGGUGGGCGUUCGAUACACACAGCAUUAGGCCUGGUGAGGUGGUGAUUAUGUCUAGUUCAAAGCUUAGAGCAAACAGUGCUGUCUACUGGCUUUUCUAUACUGGAUUUAGUUCUGAAAAGGUUGAAUCUUUUGAGAGUUUGAUGGGAUUCAAUUUAAAAAACCCGGAAAGGGCUCGAAUUGAUGAUGAUGAGAAUGGUGGUAAUGGUGGAAUUGGUGAGGUUUUCAAGUCUUUUCCGGGUUUGGCGAUGAGUCAAGAUGGGAGGCAUUGGGCUAGGAUUGAAGGGGAGCAUCAUACUGGAGCUUUGCUCGAUGUGGGCUCGAAGGGUGAGUGGGAUUCUUUGUUUAUUGCAGGGCCCCAGGUUGUUUUUCAUGGUAGUGGUGAUCUUAGGAUGUAUUAUCAUUCAUUUGAUGUUGAAAAUGGGCACUUUGCCAUUGGGAUUGCAAGGUCAAGAGAUGGUAUGAGGUGGGUGAAAUUGGGGAAGAUAAUAGGAGGAGGUGCAAAUGGUGCUUUUGAUGAAUAUGGGGCGGUGAAUGCUCGUGUUGUGAGGAACCGGAAAGAUGGGAACUAUGUGAUGGUUUACGAAGGUGUUGCCGCGGAUGGGGGGAGGAGUAUAGGAGUGGCUGUGUCUAAAGAUGGACUGAAGAAUUGGCAGAGGGUUCAGGAUGGCGCGGUUUUAAAGCCAUCUGAAGAAGAUGGAUGGGAUAACAGAGAAGUGGGAUCGCCGUGUCUGGUUCAGAUGGAUGGGGAUUCGGAUGAAUGGAGAUUGUACUACAGAGGAAUUGGUGAAGGGGGGCGGACGGGAAUUGGAAUGGCAGUGUCUGCAGGAAGGGAGAUUAGAAGCUUUAGAAGAUGGACAGGAUUUCAUUUGUAGCAUAUAUUGUAACAUUUUCACUUCUAUCCCUUUUCAAAGCCGGUACUGCAUUGGCUACUUAGCUGUCACAUUCAGCUUGCAUCCUUGCAUUGGCUAUCCAUUUUCUUCGAUUUUUCAUUGAAUGGCCCAUAUUCCUUUUGUACAUGGUGGGAUGAUUUGGUUAACUCUUGGGAUUGCAAGACGAUGGCAAGAGAUGCUUAGGUCUGGCUGGUUGUGUAUGUUGGUGUCUUUGGAAAGCCAGAAAUGUGGUUAUAUUUGAGGAAGAGUUGCUGGAUCCAACAAUUCUUGUGCGUCUAGCCUGUUCUCAAUUCUGGGAGUUUGCUGAUGCUUUUCCGAACCGAUCCUCUUUUGAUGGGGUGAUCACAGCUUCCUCUCAGUCUGCUUCAAUUUGGGCUCCCUCCAUUGUAUUGAGAGGCUAAAUGCAAAGGGGACGCCUCUUCCUUCAAGUCAACAUCCAAAGGAGGGGGUGGGGCGGUUUUCCGCAAUCACGAAGGUGGUGUUGUGAAAGUGAUUGUGUUUAGCCAAAUUUUUGCUUUCAAAUACUUCAGUUGCGGAGGCCAAAUGUCUUAGAAAAUUAAGCAAUAAUGUGGGCGCAAUGUUUGAAUUUCGGUAGAUGUUGGUUUGAGACUAUUCCAUGGAGAUUUGCAGCGACGUAUUUAAGUCAGAUUCCGCCUUAGCCAUGUUUGAAUCAUGGCAAGGCAACGAGGUUGCCCAUGCUGGGGCAAAGCUGUCCGAAAGUCAUAUUGUCACGGAUUCUCAUUUGGUUUUUAUCCGGGAGGAUAUUCUUAGUUUGGUUGAUCGGGAUGAGGGCAGAUUGUCUUUAUAAUUGUGUGUUGUUUGUUUGCUGUUGUUUGCCAAGAAUAUAUAUAUAUAUAUAUAUAUAUAUAUAUAGUAUGUCUUAUUCAUCUUUUUGUUGGAAAUUCCUUUCGAGGAAGAAGAAAUUCACCCUACAAUAAGUUUUGACAUGAAAGUAAUGAAAAAGACUAUUAAGCUCAAUCCACAUACCAGAAUUGAAUCUGAUAUCGAAUUGAUUAAACAUUACCUUUUUUCUACAUGGCAAAUACAAUGCAAAACAUAAGAACUAUGGAAGCAUUAU